ACGUAAUAUCAUGUGCUAGUGGCUGAGCGACACAAUCAGCCAAUGAACAUGCGACCUUUCCUUGCUUUUCCAGCGCUGUCUCUACUUCUGGGCAGACUCAGUCCUCGAUUAUCGCUGGUGAAGUUGCACUGGAACUCCAUCCCGACGACAUACUUGAAUCAACGAGAAUUUUUCAGCUCCAUAAUGACGGAUGAACGUCUGGAUCUUGUUAUAUUUGGGGCAACUGGAUUUACUGGUAAAUAUACCGUUAAAGAGGCUGCACGAUUGGCUAAAGAAAAACAUUUUACAUGGGGAGUGGCUGGACGUCGCAAGGAAGCCUUAGAAUCAGUAUUAAAAGAAUAUGCUCAAGAUUGUGAUAAUAUUAAAGUAAUAGUAGCAGACUUAAAAGAUGAAGAUUCAUUGAAACAAAUGACUCAACAGGCUAAGGUUAUGGUGAAUUGUUGUGGUCCGUUUAGGUUUUAUGGUGAGCCUAUUAUCAAAGCCUGUAUUGAUACUCGAACGCAUCAUGUAGAUGUCAGCGGCGAGACACAAUACAUGGAAAGGAUACAAUUGGAAUAUAAUGAACUUGCUCAGGCAGCUGGAAUAUAUAUUGUUAGUGCUUGUGGAUUUGACAGUAUUCCAGCCGAUUUGGGCUUAAUUUACACUCAAGAUAAAUUUGGGGGUGAAAUAAAUAGCGUUGAAAUAUACUUUAACUGGUGGGUAACAAAAAAUUUAGGUGGAGCAGCCAUUCAUUAUGGCACUUGGGAAUCAGCGGUGCAUGGAUUAGCUCAUGCCAAUGAACUUCAUAGACUUCGUACAAAAUUAUUUCCCACAAAAUUGCCAGAACUGAAACCAAAAUUAAAAACAAAAGGAAUUUUGCAUCGCAGUGCUAUUUCAGAAGGUUGGUCUAUGAUUUUCCCAAGUUCCGAUCGCUCUGUAUGUCACAGAACGCAAAGAUUUUUAUUUGAAAAAUAUAAGCAAAGACCUGUACAAAUACAUUGUUACCUUACAUUCAAGUCUUUCUUUCAAGUAAUAGUAACAAUGAUAUUUGGAGGGUUAUUUUCAUUGCUUACAAAGUCGGAAUGUGGCCGUGAUUUAUUACUAAAGUAUCCGAAGUUUUUCUCUGGAGGAAUCGUCAGUCGUGAAGGUCCAAAGCCGGAAAAGAUGAAAAAUACCAAUUUUUCUCUUACAUUUAUUACUAAAGGUUGGACUGAUAAAUUAGCAGAGCCAACUGAUCAGCAUAAAAAUUCAUUAAAUAAAGAAAUGAUAACUAAAGUCUCUGGUGUGAAUCCAGGGUACGGUGCCACUUGUACAAUGCUUUUAAUGUCUGCUAUUACAAUUUUUAAAGAAUCUAAUAAAAUGCCUAACGAUGGUGGCGUUCUUACCCCUGGUGCUGCUUUUGGCAAAACUUCAUUGAUGAAUGAAUUGAGCAAAAAUGGUAUUAAAUUUGAAGUUAUCUCUUCAAUUGAAAAAUAAAUAUUUUUUACUUGGAAA